CAGAGAUUGUUAGAAAUACUUCAUAUCACUUAAUUCUAAGUGAAAUAACAGGCCUUAUCCCUACACUAUUAUGAAACUUAUAUUUGGGUACAACAGUUGCUAAUUAAGUCAUUUUCAUAUUUCAGCAUGAUUACACAUGGCAUGUGUAAGUACGAUUUUUUAUAAUAAAAUCAGGCCACCCAAGUAGAGAGCAAGUUUAUUUUACCUUCGCUUCAUAAACCCCAGAAAUGUAAAUAUCAUUCUAAAACCUCACAGCAAGUCAAUGCAAUGUUCUUACCUUUUUAAGUGUUUUGAACUCCGCCUGCUACGCAGAGUUAAUGAUUAAAGACUCUCCCCAAGUCAGUUUGGAAUUAAAGGGAUGAGCUUUGAGCCCACACUCAGCGUGUCAAUCAUUAAACAUGCAAUUGGACAAUCCCAUUGCUCUCCCUCUCUACAAAGAUAUAUCCUCCAUCGGACAGCAGCGUUCACUGCUCAGUGGAGGAUUCCUGUCUUUUUUAGCCCAGCAACCCUUUCUCGUAAAUUCCUCAGCCUGCCACCACCAGAGCCAUACCAGGGCCAAGCCACAGGGGGAUCCAUACUCCAUGUGGAAAAUGGCACAGGAACAUACUGUAGUACCUAGUUUAAAAUCUCCCUCUAAUUUAUUGAAGCCUCUGUGGGAAAACCAAGGGUUAAGUGCUGACAAGUCAAGCUUGUCUGGAAUCUGAAGUGGGAGGAAAGUGAUUUCAAAUAGUCUUAUAAGCUUUACUGAUGAGAAGGGUUCCAUGUUUCUGGCUUCUCAUCUGCAUUACUUACAAAGGAUUAUUGCCAGAUUGUUUUAAAGUUUAGCUGCUGUGAGCCAUGGAGAACCAGCCUCAGGGAGUCUCAGCCAGACUCUGGCUCCAAGACAGUGAAAUCUGUGAGAGUGAACGAGAAGUACAGAGCCAGCGGUCUGACAGCCUGCCAGCUGAGCCUGCUGUGGAGCAAGGCUUUGAAAGAUGCUUAUACAGGCUGUUUGGACGAGCAACGGCUGAAUACUUUCUGAGGCCCUCCCCUCUGGAGAUGGUGCCCAGCCCCAGGGUUCUCAGAGUUCUGAAGCACAUGGAAGAUCAGGUGAGUGGAGAAGCACUGUGGAGAGCUCUCAGAGAGCAGUCUAAUCUGCAGCUGAUGAAAAUGGAGCCUCUGUCUUUUCAGACCCCCUCGGCCGAGGGUCUGAGGGGCAACCAAGCCUUGAGGAGGCGCCUGCAGAAGUCGCGUCUGGUCAGCCUGAUGUACCGCUCCUGCCAGGUCAGCCAGGACCGCACCAGCCUCCUCCUUUUCAGCAACCCCCUCCCUGACCUCAGUGACCCCUAUGGCAAGGAGGGGCCCCGCAGAUUCCUCUGGGAGGAGGUUUCUCCACAGGAGCAAGAGCGACAGGUACAGAGCACGCCAAGAGCCGGGUUCGCCCAGGCAAGUGAAACGUACAACCCCAGAAAAAUGCCCCUUGGCUCUGUUUGGAGGCGCAUCAGUCCCUCAUAGAGAAAAUCAACAAAUGGUCUCUGCAGUACUGCUUCGUCCAAUGUGAAUAACUGAAUGUAUUAUUUUAUUUUUUAAACCUAAUUUUGUACCUUAAAUUCGUGUUUCACUGCGAACUCACUCUGAGAGGUAGUCAAUUUGGAGAUCAAGAGAGAUAGUCUGAGAAACAGACAAUAAAACAUUUUGCCAUCAUCUUUGAGUCUAUGCCUUUCAGUGCAAUAAAGACCACAGAAAAAUAAGUGACUUGAUAUCAAUAUGUAUUUCCUGAAUGCAUGUAUAUAUUAGAAUAUCAGAUAAUUAUUCAUUUUAAUUACAAAACCACAAUGUGUUUAA